AUGGUUGAGCUCGAUGAAGCGAUACGCGUUCUAAGGUGUAGUACGCACUAUGAGGUGCUGAAUCUUAAGGGAGCGAAACAAACUCCAGAAUUUGUAAAUGCUCAUCAAGUACGAAAACGUUAUAAGGAACUCGCGAUUCUCGUCCACCCAGACAAAAACCAAUCUCCCAAUGCCGAGUCUGCGUUUAAGCGACUGAGUGAAGCCUAUGAAUGUCUAGUGGAUGAAAUUUCUCAGCGCGCUUAUCUGCAACAACUUAAUGUGAAAACUCAACGAAAGUCGUCGAGGCAAAAGAACAAGUACAAGCGGAAGAGAGAGACACCGUCCGAAACAAUGACUGAGCAUGAACCGAAGUUACCAAAGCGUAUGCGAACGCCUGAGGAGAUUUGGCAGGAGUUCCAACGGGAAGAAGAAGAAUUGGCACGACGGCACUUCCAUGCUAAAGGGUUUGACAGAGUGUACAAUUCGGCAAUGAAGCAGCCAGCGCAAGGUGCCAACGAUAUGUUGGCCUUAAAGGAAAAGCAGCAUGCUAUUCUCAAUAUCGAUCUUGAUCUGAAAGCAAAUGAGUGGGCAGCAUGGAACAAGUCGACAUUUAGACGAACGCAAACGAAACUAGCACAUGAGGAUGGUGCAAAGUCAAGCGCGAGAGUUGCUUCUCCAUCGCGAAUUUACUGUUUGAUAUGUCAACGUAAAUUUAUAAGUGUGGAAGCACUAAAUCGACAUGAAGCACUAUCCAAACUGCACUUGGCGAAUGUGCACGCCCAACGAAGCUAA